ACACCGCCAUGGCCGAGAUCCUCUCGCCGGCGGAGGGCCUCGCGCGUUUCCGGCUGCAGAAGGAGGCCCCGGGCACGUGGGACCUGCGGCAGCUCAAGCAGGACGCGCCGCAGGACGAGUCCCAGGUGCCGCCGCACCCGGCGCGCCGGUGCCCGAAGGUGUCCGCCGAGGACGAGAAGCGCGGCUUCGUCCAGCUCAAGAACAAGCGCGUCUGCAUCAAGACCGGCAAGCUCAGCGCCGCCAUCGCGGCGUCAACGGCCGCGAUCCAGGACCUCAUCGACGUCGGCUUCUCCCGCGCGGAGGCCGAGGACCACGUCUUCGCGAACUACGGCACCGUCGCCCAGGAGACCCUCGCCAACCACAAGGAGCGCUGCGCCAAGGGCGGGCGCAACUCGGCCGCGGAGGGCAAGGGCAUCCACGCGCCGGGCAUGCAGGCCAAGGGCGGGCGCAAGGGCGGGUCGCAGACCACGGCGGACCGCGCGGCCGCCGGCCAGGACGCCUACGGCGACGACGCGAUCUCCGGAUUCGCGAAGCGGUCCAAGGGCGGCAGCUCCAAGUCCGACGCGGUCCUGAAGUCGGCGGCGAACGCGCGCGACGCGUUCCGGCUCAAGCUGCCGCCGGGCCACGUGCCGACCGCGGGCAGCCAAAAAUCGUCGGCGCUGCGCGUGAAGCGCGCCGAGGUCGCGACGGACCUGAGGAAAUUCGAGACGCGCGCGAAGUACGAGCUCGACGGCGAGGACCGCGGCGGCCCCGCCUACCGCCGGCUCUUCCAGUCCGUGCUCUACGACGACUGCCGCAUCGCGGGCAAGAAGCUCAAGAAGCUCACGAUCGGCGCGCUCGUGAAGAAGGCCGCCAACGCCCAGCCCCAGGACGAGAAAACGGUCGCGGGCUUCGAGGCGACCAUCUGCGAGUUCGCGCUCGCCGUCGACGUCUACCGCCUCGCGCUCGACUCGGAGGCCAAGCCGGCGACGCCGGCCGCGGUCGACGUCUUCGUCUACGACGCGCUCCGCGGCCCCUGCGCCGGCCUCGUCUGCAAGGCCAAGGCCGCGCGCGCCAAUUUCGCCGCCGCGAAGUGCCCGCAGCGCGCCAAGGGCAAAUCCGGCACGACGGCCAAGAAGCCCAAGGCGAACCCGAGCAGCCCGGGCCUGCGGCCCGACAUCGCCGAGGUCUACGCCGGCAACGGCCAGGCGACCGACGUCGCCGACGUCGACGCCGGCGACGGCCAGGCGAGCGCGAACCCGCUGGCCGCGCCGAAGCUGGAACUCGACUGCGCGACCGCCGUGGGCCUGGCGCCCGCGCGGUCGCGGGCGCGGAUGCUCCGCGACGCCUGGGCGGCGACGAGCAGCAAGUCCAUGGGCGAGAACCUGGACGAGUGGUUCAAGCUGCGGAGCCAGCGGUCGACGGCCGGCCGCGAGGUGCUCGCGGGCUGCGUCAACUACCUCGUCACCGUCUACAUCGUCCACGCGAACCCCUACUACCAGACGGGCCUGGCCUUCGGCUUCGACACGGGGCAGCCCGCGGGACCGCUCGCGACGGCGACGGCCGUCGCGACGGGCGCGAGCACGCUCGUCAUGGGCGUCGUCGCGAACGCGCCCCUCGUCGUCGCGCCGGCCAUGGCGACGAACGGCUACUUCGCGCUGAAGACGAACUCCUGGAUGACGUGGCGGUCGCAGCUUUCGCUGUCGCUGCUGUCGAGCCUCGGCUACGUCGCGCUCGUCGCCUUCCUGGCGAAGCGCGGGAGCCUCGCGCGCCUGAUCCGCGCGCUGCCCGUGUCCUACCUCGUCGGCGUGGGCUUCGGUUUGCUCAUGUUUUUAGCGCACCUCGGCCUCCUCGACGAGAGCGGCAUGGGCGUCGUCGGCUGCGGCGGCGCCGAGGCGAGCCCGACGCUGAGCUCGUCGAAGCGGCCGGACCUGAUCCUGGCGGCGCUCGUGCUCGUCGCCGUCGUCGUCGGCGACGUGCGGCGGCCGGACAAGAAGCACGUCGUCGUCCUCGCGGCGACGGUGUGCGGCGCCCUCGCGGCGGCCGUCGCGCGCGCGGCGGCGGGCGACGCCGUCUUCGAGAGCAAGGACCGCCACGGCGGCGUCCGACUCUACGGCAUGCGCUUCCCGGGGACCUGGACGGGCGCGCAGUGGGCGGCGGCGCUCUGGACCGCGCUCGGCUACGUCACGGGGAAGAUCUUCGACAUCCUCGCGUCGGUCUUCCUCGUCGUCUUCGUGUUGCUGGGCUUCCACGAGGCGCCCAAGAGGACCGGCGCGGGCGCCGUCGACGCGCUCGGCCCGGAGAAGUUCCGCGACUACGUCGCGUCGACGCCGAAGCUCCAGAAGAUCAUCCUCGUCGACGGCGCCGCGUGGGCCUUCGGGUCCCUGCUCGGCUGCGCGCCGAUGACCUGCUUCGUCGAGUCGGCCGUCGGCAUCGCCGCGGGCGCGGCGCCGGCGCGCGGGCGCACGGGCCUCGCGUCCGUGGUGACGGGUCUGCUCUUCCUCGCGUCCGCGGCGUCGGGCCGCGAGACCGUCGAAAUCGUGCCCACGGAGGUGUCCGGCGCGCUCCUCGUCUACACGGCGGCGUCGCUGUCGCCCAUCCUCCGCCACGUCGACCACGCGAACCGCGAGGAGGCGCUGCCGGCCAUGCUGGGCGUGCUGCUCAUCCCGCUCCUCUACAGCGUCCACGGCGGCGCGGGGCUCGCGUUCGUCUUCUACGGCAUCCUCGUCGUCGCGGGCGGCACGUUCACCUGGGCCGAGCACCACACGCUGAUCCCGCUCUUCGUCGCCGCGCUCCUGCUCGUCGCGGAGAUCUUCUCCAUGGACUUCGCGCGAUAA